AUGUGCGUUCACAUUGUGGAUGCAUUCGUGGAGGGAUUGCAGACGGUGCUCGUGGGUGCCAUUGUGUCGGCGACGUCAUUGGUCUACCUCCCGACGUGGGGAACCAUUGAUGGAGACCUUUUCAUUAGGGAGAUCGCAUACAAUUGCCAGCUUGUGUACAAAGGCACAAGGGAGAUUGGCGGUGCUAUUGCAUCCUUUUAUUGGGUGCUGGUAUUGCCAGAUCGCUUCAUUGAUGCUCUGUGCCUUCACCGCAGAGGACAGCCCAAGUUCUGCAGCGGGCAGCAGGCGCGUGGAGAGGACCGGGUGCGGUCGGAGGCCGAGAAGGCGCAACUGGCAGUAGUUGAGGAUCACAUGCAGGAGAAGGCGGAGGAUUGGAACCUCAGCAAGGAAGCCAUCGAAGCAGCUGCACAAUUAAUGCUAUCAGAUGGGCAAAGCCUGCCGACGGACCUCGAUGAACGAGGGAUCAUGCUGCUGUUCCUCUACGCCAAGGGCAUCUCGAGGCAGGCAACAUCGGCAGUAAGAAGAGCCGAGUUCGCAGCAUUGCUGACACCAGACGACAAUUACUACUACGAGCAGUCGCUGCAGCGCCUGGGGCGCCUCGUCCUGGAAGGCGAAAGAAGCGAUAGUGUGCUGGACAAGUGCAACUCCUUCACUCGCUUCCUCGACUCAGUCCCGGCGUGGCAGGACAACGCGGCGUCCUAUGUGGCGUUCCGCGACGAUCCACGUAUAAGCUGCGGGCUGCUGGAGCGUGUGCAGCUCUCCGGACUGUGCUACAUGCACGCCCCAAUUGUGCUGCAAGCUUACCUCGUGGCGAUGCACGCGGGCAGCCAGACCGGCGCAAGCAAGAUGCUGGACCUGGCAGAUUACAUCCGAAAGCACAGGACAGCACAGGAGCUGAAAAACCACAUCUUCGAAGAUGAAGGUGGGUCAGGCGAGGCGUUCCUUCGCCAGAUUUUGGCGAACGCUUCCGGACUCGAAGGGUUCGCUUGCACACAAAUGGUCGACGAAGUUGUCGGGCAGGCCAUUAUCAAUAGAAUCAUCAGCAACCUCAAACAGUUCGGCCCCGCACUGGUGUCCGGCUUCAUGGUCACCGAGAACUUCCUGGAAGCCAAGAUCCACGAGCACCUCGGCCAAGACAACAGCACUGAAGUCGGCCUUCAUUCCAUGGUUCUGGUCGGCCACAGGAAAGAAAGCGGCCAGGACCGGUUCCUGUUGCAAAGCUGGUGGAGCGACAAGAGCUUCAUCGAAGUAGACGCGGAUUACUUGGCAGCACAGCAAGCUUCGCUGGUGUUUGUACAGGCUGAACAGCCCGACAUCCCUGCUCAAUUUUCUAGGAAUUCGGCCCGCCACGUCGAGCUGGAAAUGACGGUGAAAGAGCGGCUUCCGAUGGAAAUGUGA